UCUCUCUUUCUCUCUCUCUCUCUCUCUCUCUCUCUCUUUCUAUCUCUUUCUCUCGCACUCGGGCCGCUGUACUAUUUUUACGGGGAGCCGCGAGAAAGAGCCACAAAAAGUGUUCGCCAGUCUCAACCGUGUAUUUUGAGAGUGUUCGUUACGUCAUUGCGCGGAGAAGCGGUUGAACAUCGCCGAGAAGUGGCUGGAUUGCGUGAACGACGCGAGACCUCAUCCUUUCGCAAAGGGGAACGUGCUAGUUUGUUUCGUUUUUUAACGAUUCAGCAACGGAUUAACCACUAGAAGCAGCGGAGAAAGUAAUUUACUAUGCACGUGAGAAGAAAACUUUUUCCUGGAAUCGCUAGCUUCAUGAAAGAAGCUUUGCUGCUGAAGGAACCAUUGACAAACAUUUAAUUAGCAUCGUUGACGAUAGGUCGCAUGCCAUUCAGAGACGUUCAUCCAAGUUUUCGAUAGACUUCAAUCAACCUGGACUACCGCAUAUUUCGAAUAAAAGGCACCCGAUGUAUAUUGCGGUUGGGGCUUUGGCUGCUUGUUUCUUUGCAAAGCGAGGACUCUCCGUGUGUGUCUAUGAAUACCGUGCAGACAUCAGACUAGAGGAUUACAGAGGUCAAAGCAUUGACUUAGCUCUAUCAGCCAGAGGUCGCGAAGCUUUGAGAGCUGUUGGUCUUGAAGAGAUUAUAGUGGAUCAUCAUGGCAUCGCCAUGCAAGGAAGGAUGCUUCACAACAAAGAUGGCACCUUGAAAGAAAUCCUUUAUGAUAGUGUGAAAAAAAACUGCAUUUAUUCCGUGAGCAGACGAUAUCUAAACGUGGUCCUAUUAAAUGCCGCCGAAAAGUAUUCCGAAGUGUGUCUCCUUUUUAACAAGAAACUGAUAGACGCCGAUCUCGACAAUGGAAUAAUAAAGAUCUACGACACAAAAAACGAAAUAAUAGAAGAAGUAGAAGCGGACCUAAUAAUAGGAGCAGAUGGCGCGUACUCGACAGUCAGAAAAAUGAUGAUGAAGAGACCACUGUUCAAUUGUAAUCAGACGUACAUAGAGCACGGUUACGUUGAGCUGUUCGUCCCUGCUGACAAAGAUAACAAGUUCGCGAUGAGCGGCAGUCAUCUACAUAUCUGGCCGCGUGGGGAGUUCAUGAUGAUUGCCUUGCCCAAUGAAGACUGUACCUUUACCGGAAACAUAUUUGCACCUUUCUCAACCCUAAACAAAUUGAAGACGCCGCAAGAUCUGCUAGAUUUUUAUGAAAAACAAUUUCCCGAUCUUCUGCGUUUAAUUGGCAAGCAGAAGUUGGUAAAAGAUUACUUCGAGAGAGAACCCAAAACAUUGAUUUCUAUCAAGUGUAAACCUUAUCACGUUGGGAAGACUGCUCUGCUUGUGGGCGACGCUGCACAUGCUAUGGUGCCUUUCUAUGCUCAAGGAAUGAACGCCGGAUUCGAGGAUAUUUUAUUAUUAGAUGAAUUAAUGGAUCGUUAUGCUUCGGACUUUAGCAAGGUUCUACCGAUGUUUACUGAAUUAAGAAGUGACGACGCUCACGCGAUAUGCGAAUUAGCUAUGUACAAUUAUUUUGAGAUGAGGGAGUUGGUGAACAGAAAGUCGUUUCUUUUCCGAAAAUACCUGGACACGUUUCUCCACCGUCGAAUGCCGAACACGUGGAUACCGUUGUACAGUACGGUACACUUUUCGCGAAUGAAGUUUCGUGAUUGCAUCACGAACAAGGAAUGGCAGGACAAGAUUUUACGUGUGAUCGUUAUGUUCACGUUUAUCUUGAUUCUCGCAAUAUUACUGGUUCCGAUCAUCGAGGUAUACUUCGCUACACGCGUUCUGAUUUAAUCAUGUUUUUAAACGAAAACUGUAUACAACGUUCAUCCUAUUAAAAAACAUUUUUCGAUCUAA